AUGCCACCCAUGGACGGCAUCUCCAGCUUCCGUUGCAUUGAAUCUUGCAUCGUGAAUCCAGACCGCCAAGCCAGAGGAAACAACAAAAAGAAAAGAAACCAGGAGCAAGAACAGCCAACGCACUCAACGUCAAACAGUCACGCCUCAGCCAUCAUUUCGGCUGCUCCCUUGCAGGCAAGUGAAGAUGCCUCUACCCCAUCCACCUACCUAUGGCACCUGGCACUCACUGCAGCGGGCUGUACUGUACAGUACCAAGUCUCUACUGGACUCCAUAAGGUAAUCCGGGACAGGGCAUCACGCCCACAACGCGGGCACAGCUGCGCGCAAAAUACUGUAAAAGCCGCCGCCCCCGGUAGGUUGGCCGUCGGCGACGCACUGACGCCCGGGACAUCGCAGCUGACUCCGCCGCCGUCGAGUCGACGGGAACCCGCUCCGUUCCAUUCCCAACACGACAAAAGAACCGGCCUCCCCCUUUCUGGCGUCGCAGCAGGAGUCGCCAACGACGCGGCAGGUCUGCUCGACGCAGUUGGCGCCAGGCACGUCAGGGGCGCCGAGCUUCACGGAGAUGCACUCCGUCCCUCCAGAUGCUCCGAAAAUGCUCCAACAACCUACUUGUACAGGCGGGUGCUGUGCUGUGCAGUGCGGGUGCAGCAGGGCAUCAUGCCCGUCCACCACGCCGCUGAAACCAACUCGACACUGGCGGAAGCCCUCCCCUCACGCGCUGCAAGAGACGGUGCGCACAGCACCACUGGACCUUGCCGUCGUUCCACCCGCGCCCGGUCCAGUGCUUACUCCAGCUCACUCCAUCGCUCACUCGCUGAGGUGCUCACGCCGCCGGCCAGCCGUCCCCUCAGAACAAGGUUGCUGCAUGCAAAAAAUCGCCGAGCACAGGCCGAGCCUCGACCCGCGGGCAACAGAGAGGCAAGACAACCAUCGCGGCUCAGUGCCGCGCUGACGACUGAACUCCAUGGCGCAACAUCAGCUGUCACCAGCUGA